AUGCAUGAUAUUGUUGAGCUAAGAGGGCACAGCUACUGGGAUUGGGAUCCAAAGACACCACCGCCAUUUCAGAAUUUUGAGGAACUUGAAGUUGUCAUUGGAAGUCUCGCUCAGUCGGGAGAGGGUCUGGCUCUAUUGCCUGAUCGUGGCAAUGGUUGGGUGAUAGUCGUGCCGUUUGUGAUUCCUGGAGAGAAAGUUAAAGCGAGAGUGUACCGUCAUAACUGGGGCUAUUCGCACGCAGAUCUUGUGGAGGUUAUUGAACCCGCAGCAAACAGGAUUGCAGACCAGGAUGUUUUAUGUAAAUACUUUAGCAAGUGUGCAGGAUGUCAGUUACAGCAUAUUUCUUACGCAGAUCAGAUGAAGUUUAAACGUCAAGUGGUCGAAAAUGCAUUCAAAAACUAUGCAGUUUCUCCACCGUUGUUAGCUAAAUACUUUGCUGACCUUCCACCCAUCGAUCCCGUUUCUCAGUCCCCUAUCCAAUCUCAAUAUCGCACUAAGAUUACGCCACACUUUGAAGCAUUGAACCCCAAGCACCAGGCUGCAGGCAUGCCGCAGCAAGUUCAGAUCGGAUUUUUGCGGGCUGGUACAAGGAGAAUCUUGGACAUUGAGGAGUGUCCUAUUGCCACUCCAAUCGUCAAUGAGGGCAUGAAAGUUAUGAGGGCCGAGGUACAAAAAAACAUUGCUUCGUACAAAAAAGGAGCUACCAUGUUGCUCCGCGAGAGCAACCCAAUUAUACCUGGUACCGAGUCCGACGACCCUCCAAAGACUACCAAGAUUUGCAUCACAAAUCACAAGGAUACUAUCACAGAGUGGGUUGGAAAAUUCCGCUUCGACUAUCCCGCAGGCUCCUUCUUUCAAAACAAUAACGCUAUCUUACCAUCACUGAUUGGCUAUGUCCAGCAGCAGUUGCACCUUCCCCUCUCCACCACUUCUUCAAUCAAAUACCUUGUCGAUGCUUAUUGUGGUUCUGGAUUGUUUGGAAUCACAUGUCAUGAAGGUUUUAAGAAAGUGCUGGGUGUUGAAAUCUCAGCAGCAUCAAUCUCCUGCGCCUCGAACAACCUCGUACUGAACAAACUCUCGACGGAUACAACAGCAUUCCAUUUGGAUGAUGCAGACAAGAUUUUUGCACAUAUUGAUUUCCCUUCGUCAGAGACUGCGCUGAUCAUUGACCCUCCACGCAAGGGCUGCUCUGAAGAGUUUUUAGACCAGAUGGUUGCCUUUUUGCCUGCUCGUGUUGUCUAUGUUAGCUGUAAUGUUCAGACUCAGGCAAGGGAUUUGCAAGGUUUGUUAGACCGUUGCGUAGCGAAGGGACUUCCAGGAUAUAGGGUCGAGGCUAUUCGUGGGUUCGAUCUAUUCCCACAGACUAGACACGUUGAAGGUGUCAUGACUUUGACACGUUUGUAA